AACAGCAUAGCACUGUGAUCAAGAUGAACACUCUAUUGCUGGUCCUGUUUUUCAGAGGCUCCGUUGCCUUAGCAGAAUUGCCUUUCGAGGAUGCAGCUGUCGAUGAACUACUAGAUGAGGAAGGAGAAGAAAUCACUGGAGAUUUGGAACUGGAAGUGGAAAAUGAUCCCUUAAAACCCAGUGGUCGUCCUUCUCUUCCACCCAAGGAGAAAGUUUGCAAAUGUCUUCUCCGAAUAUGCUCGAAGGGUCUCAAGCCGACCCCUCUCGAGGUGGCACAGGAAGAAUUCUCAGAUGAAAUUGAUGCACAUCCACCCCGAGCAAGUGGUCGAGCCCGCCCAAGUGGUCCGCCAAAUUGUAAACCUCGACCACCGAAUCACUGA